AUGGAAUCUACCAGGCCGCCAGUCAAGUUUUACGCGGUGAUAGCUGUUUCCAAGAACCGAGGCUCUGACGCGAUGCACCACCGAAUGCUUCCAGAGCUGGAACCGUGGAGACUGCCUCAUCAUGUCGUUGUACUACGAAAACGCGACGGCAAAGGGUGUGCAUUACGCACGGUGCGAUUGACCUCUUGCGAAGCCUUGCUACGAAUCAGGACAAGGCAAGCGUCUCCGGUAAGGCGAAUGUGGUGCCAGAUGCGUGCAUACAAGCUUGGCAUCGAAAGCGUUCGGUGCAAUCUCUUCCGACAUCUCUCGAGUCGAAGGCAGAUUGUGCACGUUCGUUCUUCCCGUGACGGUUACCGAUCAAAGAGAACGCAUGGAAAUACAUCGGUGAAGUUUCAGAGGACGUGUCACACGGUCAUUGUUCCGUUGAGAGCGAGUGAAUCCAGCCCACCACAGCGGGGAUCGGGAGUGGAGCUCGCGGUUGCGUCUUUUGCAUAUCAAACCAAAUCUAAACGUUUGACGGUCGCCACAACUGGCCAGCGAGAAUGUUGA